AUGUCUCAAUUGGAACGGCAAAGCUGCAAGAUUACAAGCUGCACAGAUGUUCUUUCAAGUCUCAUGAAUCAGAUUCUUGAUCAGUUGGUUAAGGAAAGACAUCUGGCUAUGCACAAUGUCACUAUACUAGCAAAAGAGUUCACAGAGCUUAGAGCUGCCAACAACACCAGGCAGAAGUGA